AACACUGACAAGGAUAAAUAGGGACUAGCCUAGCCACAGGUAGAUGUUACUCUUAGGCAUGGACAACUUCCGUUAGUGGAAGGAGAGUUACUCGCACCUGGGAAAAUAUUAUUAAGACCGCCGUAGUGUGGGAUUAUAGUUUUAGGGAUCUCAAGCGUGUCAUGGUGAAGAGUGAGUAGAAUUUAACACUGCAUUGUAGCAGGCGGCACCUAGCUGGGACAAUGGUUACAUGUAAAGAAGACAUUUCCCUGCCGUCUUCGUCAUGAGUGCUGUACCGGGUAAGGUGGGCUGGCCCAUCGUCGGAGACCAGUCAUACAGUUUCUACCGUGACCCCACCAGCUUUAUUGAGCAAAAUUUCUCCAACCACCAGUCUCGCAUAUUCAAGGCACGUUUCCUUAACAAGCCAACAGUAUUUGUGGGAAGCAACAAAGGCGUUCAGGAUGUGUUAAAUGAUGAUUCCAGUGCAUUGGAGAUGGGUUACAGAGCAUUUAUGUAUCAAAUCUAUGGAGACAAUAUCCUGUUUAUGAAUGAUGAAGAAAGUAUAGAAGUGAGAAAGUGUCUGUGCAAACUCUUUACAACACACUCCAUCGAGGACUAUCAGAAAACAAUUGAUGCGAUCACCUCCAAAUACUUAAAUGAUAUUGAUACCAGCAAACCCUUGUGUGUGUAUUCAGUACUUAAGCAGCUUGCGACAGAGAUCUGUCUAAGCUUGUUUCUAGACCUGGACUUUGCACACUCUAAAGACCUGGCAGUUCAGAUAUCAAGUCUGACCAAAACCCAUUGGCAUGGGAUAGUGUCAGUGCCAUUGAAUCUUAAGUUACCUAUGGGGAACUCCUCAACUUUUGGCAAGGCCUUGGAGGCAAAGGCCUCUUUGUUAAAAGUGAUAGAAGAGAAGUUACAGCAGAAGUCUGGAUUUACUCACAAGAUGGAGGGCUUGUCAUUCCCUAACAGUUCCUAUAUACAGAAUCACCUGUUGUUGUUUACCUCAGCCCUUGUCCCUAAGGCCAUAGCUUCACUGCUCACCUCCUUCAUCACAGCUACAGGCCAACAUGAUCAGGUGUUUUGUCAGGAUGACUUAUUGUUCGACAAUGCUCUCAUGGAGUCUGUCCUUCUCGAGGUAGAAAGAUUAUAUCCACCAUUUAUAGGUGGGCGGAGAGUCGCUCGAAAGGACUGUGUUAUAGGUGGUUAUCAUAUAGAAGAGGGUCAAGCCUUAGUCUACCUCUCCCAUUCUGCUCACAGAGACCCUGAUGUGUUCAAAGACCCCGAAAAGUUUGACCCGGGCAGGUGGACAAAUGGUAAUGCCAAGGACAAAGAAAAGCUGUUCUGUUUUGGAGCUGGACCAAGGGCAUGUAUAGGGAAAAACUUUGUCAACAUUAUAGUGCAUACAAUCCUGAAGCAGUUUUUGCAGCAGUUCAGAUGGAAGCUCGUGGACAAUCAAGAUUUGUCACCAAAAUGGCUGCCAGUAUCGCGGCCCCGGGAAGCUGUCAUGGUGCAGAUCAGUCGUGAGCAAGAGUCCAUGCUCUGAUUGAAUCAUGUCAUUAAUUCUUGUUUAAUUUUCUAGAGGCUAUUUUAUAUAUUUUUAUAGCUUUUUCUUUUACUAAUAUUUCAGGGUAUUAUGCAAUCAUUACUGUUCUAGGGUGUGUUAAAAUAUUACGUGAUUUAACGGUUUCCUCACCAUUAGCUUUUAUACACAUAUGUAUGUUAUACCAGGAUUAAAUAGUGGACAAAAAUGUCACAAAUUUUUACUAAUGGAGAAUGGAUCUCUUAUCUUAUAAAGCCUGUGGUUUAAUCCAUUGAAGUGAUUUUUGUGCAAGUUUAUUACGACACCUCCAUUUUUCUGUAUUCUUGUUAUUGUAUGUAUUUUGUUCACGACAGCUGAAUUUUUAACAUCCUGCCAAGGUAAAUACAUCUGACCCAUUUACAACUAUAAUUAAAACAAAAAUUUGACUCCACUGAACAUUUAUGCUCAAUAUUGUAUCUUUUGUUUAGUAUAUAUAUAACAUUCUUCAAUAGCUGUUUUCUUCAUACUUUGAUGCCUAUAUUAUUGAGAAAGAUAUUUUUUUUGUAUGAAUGUUUGACAUGGUUUUAUUGCCUGCCCACUUGUGAUAGAUGUGAUGAAGUACUUAUGGACUGCCAUGGGAAAAUGUGAGCCCUAUAAUCCUGGAAUGGAGGAGAGUAGCUGGCAUCUUGAUGAAGAUACUCAGGGAGAUGAGUGAAGCUUAUGUAUGAGUAACUUGUCUAUAACACACAUACUGUAUCAUGUCUGAAAACAUACAUACUGUAUCAGGUCUUCAACACAUAUACUGUGUCAUGUCUAACACACAUACUGUGUCAUGUCUAUAAUACACAUACUGUAUCAUGUCUAUAAUACACAUACUGUAUCAUGUCUAUAAUACACAUACUGUAUCAUGUCUAUAAUACACAUACUGUAUCAUGUCUGUAACAUAGACACUGUAUCAGGUCUUCAACACAUAUACUGUGUCAUGUCUGUAGCACACAUACUGUGUCAUGUCUAUAAUACACAUACUGUACCAUGUCUAACACACAGUCAUGGGUGUAACAGACAUGCUGUACCAUGAAUUAGAAUUUUACAAGAUGCUGAGUAUGCUGUAUUAGAAAUAAUGCGAGUACUAAGUAUUCUAAUUACUUGAAACUUGCAUCACUGUGUUUUUCGUUUUUUUAUCUUAUCCUUGUCAGUGAGCAUUACGAGUCAGUCAUGUUCUCCAUUUUGAUUAAUCUAUUCCCCAGAAUGUUUUACUGUUUAACUGAGCCAUGCUGUAUUCCUUUUUAUACAUGAAAGUUUAGAAAAAAUGAAAUUGGACAAAAUUACCGUACAAAGACUGUGAUGGAAGAUUUUUCUUGUUUUCUGUGUCAUUGUACAGUGUUAUCUAUCACCACCCAUGAAUCAGGCUAUGAACAUUAUUGUUGUUUCCUCACAGCUCCUCACUG